AUCAAUACAGUUGUAAUUUUUUAGAUAAGUUAUCUUGAAAACAAAUCAAACGGUAUUAAAAUGAUCGUGAAAGUGCAUGUGAUAGACAUACUUUCUGUACUAGUGCUGCUGCUAGUGAAACAGUCGCAAACUCGAACAAUCGAAAUAAGUGCAUAUGGAAAUUACUCAAGUUAUAGCAAUUCUGCUCUGCGAAAUAGUUCAAGUUCUGGCAUCGGUAGAGCAAUGAGCGAGGAUCGAUAUCAAAAUAGUUUGGAUGAAUAUUUCUCAAAACCCAUUACUAUCUAUCAGGAUCCUCUGAAACCACCAGAGUAUAUUUAUCCAACCAACAGCGAGUAUGUAAAUUCUAGCAAUGCUGUAGCUACAGAUAGAUUCGCUCCUGGCGAGGCGUAUGGUGGAACGGUUUACAAAAUUGUCAAAGCAAGAGAAAACAAAUUAAAAUACGGAUAUCAAGAUCCUACACUCAACGCUGUCGGAAAAAGAUCGACUGCAGCUCCACCAGCGGUCACAGCUCCUGCUACAUCAGCUCCUACUGUACAGUUCACUCCCCCACCUCUCAUAUUUGUACCAACUCCAAACCCUCCAAUCACAUUCCCUCCAACACCUGCUCCAGCAACGACUCCUGCCCCAGCACCUGCACCAGUCCCCAAUCCUUCUCCAUCCCCUCCGGCAGCACCAUUCGGAAUAAACCUAUUUGCACCAAACAUUCACUCGCACUACCCACAGCCUGCAAUCCGCGAUGCUCAAUUUCAAGGAAUGUCAAGUUACAACGCACCACCAUCAGGAGCGACGGAUGACCAAUCCUCAGUUGACACCGGCCCUCAACCAGUCGAUUCGCCAGAUGCGAACCCAUCAAUACAAGCAGCGCCAUCUCCACCCAAUCAAUACAUUCCUCCUGAUUCGCUGUUUCAAUUCCCACCCAACAUUCAUUCCCAUUACCUCCCACCACCACCAAAAGACAACACCCAAACCACCGGAAUAUCAAGCUAUCUUCCUCCGCCGGCCGGUCCAAGCGACGCCUAUCUUCCUCCGCCUGCUGCUGAUUCUCAACCCGCUGCGCCCCCAAAUCCAUCUCCGUAUUCCGCUUACCUCCCACCGCAACCGGCACCGUCCCCUCCAAUGGCAAUGCCAGAAAUGCCCCCACAAAUGCCAAUGGACAUGCCUCCACAGAUGCCAAUGGAUAUGCCUCCACAAAUGAUGAUGGGCAUGCCGCCUGCACCAAUGGGACCAUACCUGCCCAUGAACUUUGACUUUCACGGAUUCUACCCACAUGAUCACUUCCCGGAAUACUUCGAUCACGAUCACGACCACGAUGACCCAACGACUACUAUGGCUCCAGCGCCACCGCCACCUCCACCACCACAAAAGCAUCUGAGAAACUCAUCCUACUACCGUGUCACCCAGUUCCUAUGGUACAUCCCCAUUUAUUUCAGCCUGUACAUGGUGUUCUACGCUCUUGUCCUGAUGCUGCGCUCCAUUGCGAGACAUAAGGUCAAUUAUCCCAACGUUUGGAACUCGAAUGGAAGGUCCUUGGAUAGCAUGCUAUAUUUAACGAAUGAUCAAGCGGUUGAUAAGGCGGAAAUGAUGGCAAACUUCGUGAUGGAGCAAAUCUGCGACUUCAAGGAGAAAUAUUUAUGAAACAGGUUAGAUUUAGAGCGUUCUGUGGUACCUACCUUCUGGAUAAGUUACGGAUUAUGAAUGUUUUACGAGCAGCUUUUUGACAGAUUGUACAAUAUAACAUUUUUAUUUAUAGUAAGGCGUGAUAUUUUAUUCCAUUUCGAAAAGAGCCGUAUAGCGAAAGUAAAUAAAUCAUAUUUACAGAGUGUUUUCCAGCAACGUACUAUUGCAAAAUCAUAAAAAAAAUCAUCGCACUAAAAGUCUGCCUUACAUUUCGAACUACUGCUACUGAAAUAAGUUGUUGACAAACUUCUAAACAAUCGAACCCAAAUAACUAAAUGAUUAAAACCAUCCUUGGUUGAUUACCUUUAGUUUACCCGCCCAAUCAACCAACUAUUCCUUUCCCGUGGCGCUCACGGAGAUGCAGAGGAUUCAUCGGUCUUUUUCAAUGCAAUGAAAGUCGAACUAAUUUUCCUCUCCAAUAAUCCUAAAUGGAAUGUAACAUCGUGGCUGGCAUUGUUAUUGGUUUUGGUCUAACAUAAUUCAAAGAUUGCACAGUGAGAAUGGCUUCCUAAUCCCAAGAGGACUAUUAUAUAAUUGAGCUGUCCACAUUUAUUGUUUCUCGGCCCAUCACGACUAGCAAUAAGGAAUGGACAGUCAAUCAAACUAAGCUAAGCAAAGUUGGCCAAGACUAUGAUUUAGAAGGUUUUGAAAAGUUAGCCCCUCCCUG